AAGGCGGCAUUGACUGUAACCUGACUCCACCACUUUCUGAGAGUUGCCGGCCAGUUUGGCGCAUCCUGCAGUGUAGUCGCACCACAGACAACAGUGUUUCUCUCGGUUUUACACCAGAAUUCACGCUUUCUUUGUCAUUUUUAACGGGCCUGAACUGCGUGAGAUCUACACAAGUGUAGGCAGGGCCUCAGGGCGACGAGCUGUGCGGCAGGGUGCGCAAGGAACGCCGAGGACAAGGUUGGAGAGCUCCGGUGGAUUUUAGCCUGUUGUGGUCAAUGUUUCGGGCCGACUGUGAUCGUUCCAUUGAUUGAGGCAUUCCAGUCUUUGCGCGGUUUUCUUCAGGAGUUCGCUAAGAUUUCCUCAAGGAUUUUCCGGGAGCCUGGCUAUUUUUGCGGUGACAUUCUAAAGGAAAUCGGAGGAUAUUUGAGCUGAAGUUCUCGAGUAAAAUCAGGAAGGCUUGCGUGCAAGGGACGAGCAACCCGCAGACGAGAAAGGAUUUCUUCAAUUUCCUUUACUGUUGGUGUUGUCACGCUGUCUGAACUCUUACGGCUUCCCUCCUACCCUCCGGAAUUUCGCCUGGAAUUCUCUCCAAAAAAACUGACAUGGGACACUGGAAUACCACCAGCAUUUCCAACAGUUAAAGAUGCUACUUUGAGAUUAUUUUUGCCACUUUUGAGACAUUUAAUACCACUAAGAAACAAUGUUGCGAAAAAGUUGCGGGUUGUGGACUUGUUGUUCCGAUUGUUUGCGGACUAUUGCGGUUGUGUGUUUCUUCCUAACGGUGGUGCUGUCCCAGAAAAACACCAACAACAGCGUACUAGUUCUUGACCUUCUGAAGACACUGGAUGUGACCUCUGACAUGGACGGGAUAUCCUCCACCUCUGGUAGCAGACCAGGCCAGUCCGGCUGGCGUUUCCACUCCACGGUCAAGGAGCUCUCUCUCCCGGCCUCCGAGGUCACCAGGCUUGCAUCAAAGCCCUGCCAGGCUCUGGGGUUCAUCUUCACCGCCAGGCAGUCCAAAAACUCGGAAGGAGUCCUGCUCUCAAUCUUCUCGCCAUCUCUUGAGGAGAACAACGAAGAAGGAGGGACGUUUCUCGAGAUCGGUUCGGACCUGACGCGAAACCACCUGAGGCUGACGUACAGAACGUUGGGCACGCUGACCGUCAUACACGAGAUUUUCAGACCGUCGCCGUUCCGCGACGUGUCCAAGUGGACGCAGCUGGCGGUCCAUGUUGGUGUGGACUCAGUCCGGGUGUAUGUGGAUUGCCAGGACGUGAUUGAGAGGCCACUCAUUCCGAGCUGUCGCGUGAAGAUGCCCAAGGACAGCACAGUGUACUUCUCGCAGAACUUCGAACGCGAGAAAUUCACAGGUUACUGGCAGGAGGCCAAGAUGGUGAUCAACGGUUUCCAGGGGCGACCGUGGUACUGUUUCCAAGAUUACUACAAUGUGACUGCAGCUGUGGAGGAGGCCAACAAGGAGCUGCAGGUGCUGCGGGAAUCUGCUGCAGGCUCGCCUCUCAGGAUACAAGACCCGGAUGUCCAGUCCCAGGGCUUCCCUGUGGCAGUGUCAGGUCAGAACCAGGACAUCACCGGGGAGAGGGUGUCCAAACUGGAGCGGACCAUCGAUGGACUCACCCUCAUGAUCAACAUGAUGAAGCAACAGCAAGCAGACCUUCUGCGGCGGAUUGCAGCCCGUGAACAGUGUGCGUGUAACCAGGAGCUGAGACAGUGUGUGUUUGAUGGAGACAGCCACGAGCACGGGGAACAGUGGCAGACUAACCCCUGUGCCAUGUGCACCUGUGAGGAUGGACAAGUGGUCUGCUCUAUCCCUAAGGACAGACCAGAAUGCUUUGACCCCUGCACUCAGUCCCCAUGUCUGAACAACGGGCGAUGUGUACGGGAGCGAGACUCGGUCAACUUCACCUGCGCGUGCCCGCCGACCCACGCGGGCCCGCGGUGUCAGUACGAACUGAACGUGUGCGUACAACAUGUGGCGCCGGGAGAGUGUAAACGCUCCAUCCCACGAUUCUUCUACAACCUGUACGACCAGAAGUGCCAACCCUUCAUCUUCUCUGGUUGUAACGGGAAUGGUAACAACUUUAAGACCCUGCAGGACUGCCAGAGUCGGUGUGUGAUCGGAGCCUGCUGCCAUCGGACCUACGGCAGGACCAACCGGCCAGACGUCACCAUCAACAAGGGCUUCGUGGUGCUGCAGCAGGGGGUCACAUGUCAGGUCCGUGACCUAAAUGAGUGUCGCAGGUUAGAGGUCAUGGGUCCAGGUGACAAUGUGAGGAGAGAGGUCGUGGCCUUCCAGCCAGGUCAACAGUGUGAACCUGACACAUGCAGGACUCCUCCAGGUUGUGUGGUAAUUGGAACAAGAAGAUUCUACCGGGCAGGAACGACCUUCAAACAUGGCUGCCAGCAGUGCACCUGUGAGCCUAACGGGAACAUAGACUGCAGGUGUGUGCAGAUGACAGUUAGGAAGGAGAUCAGGGACAUGACCAGCGAAGAAAUGAAGCGCUUCCACGAAGCCGUUCAAGAACUGAAGGAUUCUGGUCCCCGUAACGCCUGGGACGAGUUUCGCGACCUCUACAUGCACCACAUCUCUGAAGCAAAAGGUGGCGCUUCUUUCUUGCCCUGGAAUCGUCUGUUCCUUCGCAGGGUGGAGCAAAAGCUUCAGGAGCUUGACUGCGGUGUUGUCUUGCCCUACUUCGACUUCACCACAGACGUUGGAAACUUUGCCGAGGCGAUCAUUUGGCAGGCCAACUAUUUUGGAGGGAACGGUAAGGGCGCUUGCGUCCCAGACAACCCAUUCGAGGGAUCGCAGUCCUGGCGACCGUGUUUGGUCCGUGAUUUCAACCUCACCGUCCAACUCCCGACCAUGGUGGAUAUGCUGCUUGCCAUCAGCAGUAACGACUACGAAACCAUGCGCAGCUGUCUGGAAACGUACGCUGCAUAUGUCAACCUCUUUGUCGGCGGCGAUAUGAAAUCCGUGGCAAGCCCAUACGAUCCAGUCUACUUUGCAAUCUACUCUUACAUUGACUUUCUGUACUGGAGGUGGCAAAACAAGCCGGGGAACAGGCCAGACAAUUACCCAGAGUUUCUCAAGGAGGUUCCGAUGUACCCCUUCCAUGUUAGACCCGAGGAUGUCUUAAACAUCGAGUCCCAGCUCUGUUAUACCUACAGGCUUCCUUCCAUUGGUACACCGUGUAACAACACUGAUGCUGCCACCAUAUUUGGACAGGAUGGGUUCAAUGAACUCGGGUUUAACAGACAAGGGUUUGACAGGAAUGGAUUUGAUGUGUAUGGAUUCAACUUGCAGGGAUAUGACCGCAGGGGUAGGCCGGACUCUAGAAAUUUCUACAGUGCAGACGGGUACGACCAGUUAGGAUAUGACAGAAGUGGCUACGACAGACUGGGGUAUAACCAAUAUGGAUACAACAAACAAGGGUUUAACAGAGAUGGGUUUGAUAACUCUGGUUAUGAUCGUAAUGGCUUUGAUCGCUAUGGUUACGACCGUGACGGAUACGAUAACCGUGGAUACAAUCGUCAAGGUUACAACCGCCAAGGGGAACAGGACCAGAGUGAAUAUUAUGGACCAGAAGGAUUCUGUGAUGCCUGCUAUGAUGUCAGUGGUUUAACAAGAAGUGGUUAUGACAGGUACGGGUACAACCUGCGAGGCUACAACCAGCAGAACUGUAACUACUCCUACGGUGGACCUCAUGUCACCUCCCUACUGUACCGUGUGCAGGACCGACUGUACCAACAGAACAAGAACUUCCUGAUGACGAUUGAGCGGACCUGUGUGGAGCUCCAGCCCCUGCCCGUCACCUGGUACGAGCAGAACUGGAUCCAGGAUCGCAAGGACGUGACUCAGAUGGUCCCAGUCAGGAUCUCCCAGUACCCGGGAUCACACUGGGCCGACAGAUUCUGUUUCAAGGUUGACAACUUCAUCUCAGCCUGCCCCUGUGACACGGAGUAUGUGAUCUGCCGACGGAACCCCUGCGCCGGGCUGACCUGCGCAGCCUUCCCCCAGGCAGACUGUCGGGUGGACUUCUGUGGAACCUGCACCGCUGUCUGGUUUGUGGGCAACAGGAUCGUCAACUGUGAUGGCUGCUCACAGAAUGGAGAGGAACAUGGGGAAGGGUCGUCAUGGCAACCGGAACCCUGCCAGUCCUGCACCUGCCAGAUGGGCCGUGUUCUGUGUGCGCCCAUCAUCUGCCCCCCUCCCCGCUGUAGGAACCCCGUCUCUGUCCCAGGGGAGUGCUGCCCUUCCCCGGCCUGUACUGACUGUGAGUACAAGAACAAAGUGUACAAUGAUGGAACAGAGUUUAUAGAUCAGGUGGACGUGUGCCAGACUUGCACCUGUCAGAGAGGGAAUGUGGAGUGUGCGAGGAUGUUUUGCCCCCAGCCGCAGUGCUCCAACCCAAUCCCACAGCCUGGAAAGUGUUGUCCUGUCUGUCCACAAGAGUUGAACUGUGGAGACCACAGUAAUGGUGACAGAUGGCAGCAAGACCCCUGCACCACCUGUACAUGUCUGUCAGGUGUUGAGGACUGUGUGACCCAGAGGUGCCCUCCUGCUCCAUGUCAGUAUCCCAGAAUUCCUGCUGGCAGGUGCUGCCCAGAGUGCAAAGGUUGUGAGUAUGAGGGCAGGAAACUGAGGAAUGGGCAGAUCUUUGAUGCCGACCGAUGCACCAGCUGCACCUGUCUGAGGGGUCAGGUGGAGUGCCGCAGGAGGGAAUGUCCUGUCCUGCUGUGCCAGGAACAGUACACACCCCCUGGGGACUGCUGUCCUCGCUGUGAAGGAGGUUGUGAGUAUGAGAUGAUGACAUUUGAUGAUGGCACCUACUUCACUCCUAUGUCCAACCCCUGCCUCAACUGUUCCUGUCUGCAAGGCCUGGUGAGAUGUAACCCCGUCCCCUGCCCUCCUGCUCCGUGUGCUAACCCAGUCAAGCCCCUGGGAAGGUGCUGCCCCAUCUGUCCUGCCUGCACCCACGACGGUGCAGCAUACAGCGAGGGACAGACAUGGAGAACACCAGACAACUGUCAGGAGUGCAGCUGCAGGGGUGGUAGUGUGAACUGUGCUAACCUGCAGGUGUGCAGACAAACCUGUCCACAUGGAGUCAGGACACCUGGCACCUGCUGCUCACCUUGUACAGAUUGCUUCUAUGAAGGCCAGUCCAUCAGGAAUGGGAUGACAUUUGUGGCACAGGGAGACCUCUGUAACCAGUGCAGGUGCUCUUAUGGAGUUGUCCAGUGCGUCCGUGAGCAGUGCCAGCCUGUCAAUUGUGUGGAUGUAGAAGUGCCCCCUGGCAGCUGCUGCCCUGUCUGCAGAGGUUGUGUGGACAGUUAUGGCCAGCGUCACGUGUCUGGAGCCCAGUUUAGGUCACCCGAGGACAGAUGUCAACUUUGCACCUGCACAGAGGGUUCUAUCGUGUGCAGACGUGAGGCCUGCCAGGUGCGGUGUGAUAACCCUGUCCAGCGGCCAGGCCAGUGCUGCGCCUCGUGUGACGGGUGUACGUACCAGGGGGUGGAGUACAGGAACGGUGCUCCCGUGGACAAACAGGACCCAUGCACACGCUGUAUCUGUCAGAAUGGAGAUAUCAUUUGCAACACUGUAAGAUGUGCUGCUACACCGUGUGCCAAUCCCAUAGUUCCACCUGGGGAAUGCUGCCCUGUGUGCGGAGAAUGUACCUACGAUGGACAGACCUAUCCCUCAGGAGAAACCUUUGUCGCUCCCCGCAACCCCUGCUUAAGAUGCACUUGCAGGCGAGGUGAGCUGGAUUGUGACCGGCUGGACCUGGAGUGCCGUCCCCAGUGUACCAGCCCCGGCAGGCUGCCUGAUGUCUGCUGUCCUGUCUGUGACAUUUGUGAGUAUGAGAGAAGAAACUACAGAAACGGUGCAAGGUUCAGGCCCCCUGGAGCUGAUGUCUGUACAGAAUGCAGCUGUCUGAACGGGAAUGUGCGCUGCAGUGUGAUUGAGUGUCAGCCUGUCAACUGUGCCAACCCUACCACUAAACCUGACGAGUGCUGUCCUGCCUGCCAAGCUUGUUUUGUUAAUGGCCGUGAGUACGCAGAGGGCCAGACCUUCCGUUCACCCAAUGAUCCGUGUGCAGACUGUGUCUGUACGGGUGGCCGAGCCCAGUGCGAGAAGCGAUCCUGUAAUAACGUUGUCCAGUGCACCCACCCUGUGACCGAGGCCGGACAGUGUUGUCCUGUCUGUACGGACUGUUUGUUUGACCAGAGGAGGUUCACAAACGGCCAGAGGUUCCAAAACCCCUCCAACCCCUGCCAGACAUGCUACUGUGAGAGUGGUAAUGUACGAUGUGACACAACCUACUGCCAGCCUCCAAACUGUUUCAACCCAGUUAGGAAAGAUGGACAGUGCUGUCCAGAGUGCCCUGAGGAGCCAUGUCUGUUUGAGAACCAGAACUAUAACCAUGCACAGCAGUUUACCCACCCCACCCAGCCCUGUACACUGUGUGCCUGUAACAAUGGGGAAGUUACCUGUCAAGCCCAGCCCUGUCCCUCGGUACCGUGCAGACAGCCUGCCAUAGAGAGGUGUUGUGGUACCUGUGAAGGCUGCACCUACCAGGGCCAGCAGUACAGGAACGGUGCAGAGUUUGCUCACCCUACAGACAGGUGCAGGGUCUGCUCUUGCAGGAAUGGGAAUGUAAUGUGUAUCCGUCGGCCCUGCCCUCCACUGGAGUGUCCAAACCCAGUUAGAGUUCCAGGAAAAUGCUGUCCUGAAUGUCCAGAUAUGAGGCAGCCCUGCACCUAUGGCGGAGACACGUUUGAAGACGGGGAACGUUUCACCAACCCUGGUGAUACGUGUCAGGACUGUGUGUGCCGGCGUGGCCAGGUGACCUGUAACCGCAUGCCCUGCCCCUCCGUCACGUGUCCCUACCCGGUCAGGGGAGAGUGCUGUCAGAGCUGCAAUGGCUGUUUCUACAGCAGCCGUGGCUACACCAAUGGCCAGGAGUUCACUGACCCCGUGGACAAGUGUAGCAACUGUAUCUGUCAGAAUGGCUAUGUCCAGUGUGCCCCAGUGGCCUGCCCUCCCUCCAGCUGUCCUUACCCAGAGAAAAAUGACGACCAAUGCUGCCCUGUCUGUAGAGGCUGUGAGUAUGACAAUCGUCUGUACACCAGUGGACAGACAUUUGCUGACACCAGGGACCCAUGUAGAGAGUGUACAUGUGUUAGUGGAGAUGUGAGAUGUGUGAAGAAGACCUGUCCCCCAUCAUUCUGCACCCAUCCUUCCUCUGAAGGAAACUGUGGCUGCCCUUCGUGUGAAGCCUGUAUGUAUGGAGGAGUGCGCUAUGCCAACAGACAGGAGUUCCCAGACCCAUCUGACCCCUGCAGAGACUGCAUGUGCAGUGCUGGCAAUGUGAACUGCCAGCAGAGAUACUGUCCCAACCCCGGCUGUACCCACCCUGCCCAGGGGGAGUGCUGUCCCAAGUGUGGGGACUGUCAGUACCAGGGACAGCAGUACAGCAACAGAGAGACCUUCCCUGACCCUAGGAACCCCUGUCAGCAGUGCACAUGUACAGCUGGUAAUGUGGUGUGCAUGCCCAGGAUGUGCCCCCCUCCCACCUGUACCCAUCCUGAGGAGGGGCUAUGUGGCUGUAUGGAGUGUAAUGGCUGCCAGUACCAAGGUGUGACCUACCUGAGUGGAGCCUCCUUUAAGCACCCCCGUGACCCCUGUCAGACCUGUAGAUGCGCCAGCGGAACGGUCAACUGUCAGAAACCAUCUGUCGCCCAGCCGCCUGCCCCAAGAUGUAAGUACAGUGGGAAGAACUAUGCCAAUGGUGCUACCUUUGAAGAUCCUAACAAUGACUGCAACACCUGCAGCUGUGUGAAUGGCCAGGUGAGCUGCAACAGGAAACAGUGUGUGAAGCAGUGCGACCAUCCCGAGGGCAUCGAUGGGUGCUGUCCCAGGUGUGAGGGCUGCCGGUAUGAGCAGACCAACUACAGGAAUGGUGAGACGUUCAGCCCAGUUGGAGACCCAUGUGAGGAGUGUAUCUGUACUGAAGGGACCGUGAACUGUGGGAGGACCAUCUGUCCCCGGGCUGCCUGUCCCAACCCCAUCACACAGCCUGGACAGUGCUGUCCUGAAUGCCAAGAAUGCACACACAGCGGACGGAGGUACUAUGAUGGACAGACUUUCGUCAACCCGCUGGACCCUUGUGAGGAGUGCAGAUGUGUAGGUACGACGGUGAUGUGCAGCCGGCCCACCCAGUGUGCAUCCUGCUCCAACCCUGUCUCCAUCCCAGGCCAGUGCUGCCCCUCCUGUCAGCAGUGCUCGUUCGAAGGUCAGGUGUACAACAACGGCCAGGCCUUCAACCCGGACGCCUGUAGGGAGUGCAGCUGUGCGAAUGGGAAUGUGCAGUGCAUCUCCCAGUCGUGCCCUCCCCUGAGUUGCCCUCCUAACCAGCAGGUGCAGGAGCCGGGGGCCUGCUGUAAGAAGUGUCUGGGUUGUUUCCAUGAUGGUCAGCAAUACCAGGACGGCCACUCCUGGGUUGAUCCCAUCAACCCCUGCAUGUCGUGCCAGUGUAGACAGGGCAUCACCACGUGUGCAGAAAUCCGCUGUAUCACACCCUGCGCCAACACCAUGAGUGUGCCCGGACAGUGCUGCCCUGUCUGCAGUGGCUGCAUGUACAACAACAGAACAUACCAGGAGGGUGAGACGUUCAACCCUAACGGAGACCCGUGCGACCAGUGUACAUGUGAGGAUGGGAACAUGCGAUGUCUGCGCUACAGCUGUGAAAACCUGGACUCCUGUCCUCCCACCCUCAUCAGGGACCCCCGGCCUGGAGAAUGCUGCCCUGUGUGUCUUGGUGAAGGUGGUCUCCUCCCGCUGAUGAACUGCACUGCUGACACUGUCGGUAACAAUAUGAGACUGUAUGAGGACCCUUGCUACAAGUGUAUGUGUGAGGAGGCUAAUGCGUUGGUGUGUGUGCGUGAGGUGUGCCCCAACCUGAACUGUCCUCUAGGAGAACAGUACACCAGCCAGGGAGAGUGCUGUCCUGGUUGUGACAGAUGCUUCAUCGGACCGACCAACCAGAUCGUGCUUGACGGGGAGUCGUACACCGACCCUAACGAGCCGUGCGUGGCGUGCACCUGUAACCGUGGGGUGGUCACCUGUAAGGUGGAGGAGUGUCUCCCUCUCACCUGUAUGGAUGGGCUCAUGAACUUCCAACCUCCGGAUAGAUGCUGUGAGGAGUGCAGAGAUGAAGCCAUGCCCUGUAUGUACCUGGGUGAAUCCAAGCUGCCAGAUGAGGAGUGGCUGAUUGAUGAGUGCACCAUGUGCUCCUGUGUAGGAGGGGAGGUCAUGUGUAUGACGGAGAGAUGCCCACCGACACACUGUGAAUCAGACGAGACCCCCACCCUCUCACCCGGCAUGUGCUGUCCAAGGUGUAUGCCAAGACCAGCCACUUGUACAACAUUUGGCGACCCUCACUACCGCACAUUUGAUGGGAAGAUGAUCCACUUCCAGGGCACCUGUGUGUACACCCUGGCAGCUGACUGUGAUGGCGGAGACUUCGAAGUGCUGGUUCAGAACGAUGACAGAGGUGCAUUUGGGGCUGUCUCAUGGACUCAAGAGUCCAAGAUUAAGCUGAAGGGUGUGGAGAUUGAGCUUCUUCAGAAGUGGGUGGUCAAGGUGAAUGGAUUAGAGGUGAACCUGCCCUAUCUGAGAGAUCCGGUGCUGUUUAUAGAGAAGAGUGGCUCAACCAUCUUAGUCAACACAGAGAUCGGACUCAAGGUCCUGUGGAAUGGCCACAGCUAUUUAGAAGUCAGUGUUCCGGGCACCUACAAGAGAAAAACCUGUGGACUGUGUGGAAACUUCAACAACUUCCCUCAAGAUGACAUGCGCUUACGUAACGGACAGAUCACAAACUCUGCUUCCGUAUUUGGGAACAGUUGGAAGGUUGACACCCCAGGCAGCCCACCCUGCGAGGACUCAGAAGACUUGGACCCCUGUGUCAAGGCGGGCUACAGGGCUCGUAAGGAGGCUAAUGCCAAAUGCCUGGUGCUAAAGUCAGACAAAUUCAUGCCUUGUCACAGGGUGAUAAACCCAGAGAUGUACUUUGCGUCCUGUGUGUAUGACCUGUGUGCGUGCGGCUCUAAUGAUCAGUGUCUGUGUGAUGCCCUGGGUGCUUACGCUGCAGAAUGUUCAGCAGCUGGGGUCAUACUGAACUGGAGAUCCCCGUCCAUGUGUGCUAUUGGCUGCCCAUCGGAGAGAGGACUCAUGUUUGACGAGUGUGGGCCGAUAUGCCCCAGAACGUGUGCCAACAAGCACACCGUAUUAGGGGACGUCCCUACGCCAUGUUUCAAACCCUGCAUCCCCAGCUGUCAGUGUCCCGCGGGACAGGUGUUAUGGGACAACCAAUGUGUCACACCCGGACAAUGUCCGGAUACCGGUUUAUAUAAUAUCUUUAGGUGAUAGAAUAUAUUUUUAUUUAGGUGAUAAGAUGUAGUAAAAUACCAGGGAAAUGCCAUGUUAUCCUUUUUACACAUUCAUCGGCUGCUUGCUUGUCUAUAGCCUGAGUACCAACCUUGGUAGUGACCGUUGACUCAAUCCUUUCGCUUGCUAACCACGCAGCAAGCAAAAAGAUUGAGCCAGCGGUCAAUACAGAGAAUGGUACUCAGGCUAACUUGGCUAAUCUCCAAGCAAAUGUGUCAGUCAGGCUUGUUUUGAGCAUAUUUGUAUGUUUUUCAGGAGGUGCAUGGUAUUUACAGACACCUGUGCCAGUUGGGUGUUUGUAAAAAAAAGUAUACACCUUUAGAAGUAGUACGUUCAAAUAUACUCAAAAGAAGCCUUACUGCCAUAUCUGCUUGGAGAUUAUCACUUGUCCAUCUUACAAUGAAAAUGACAAAAAUUGUACUAAAAACAAAAUUCUUACCCCUGACUAGAUUCUCUGAAUGUAUGGUCAAUAAUAGCAUCCAAUAUUUGGACAAGAUAUGAAAAAACAUAAAAAAACAUAAAUGUAAAAGUGUAUUUGUUCAAGACGUACGACAAUCUGAGAUGGAACACUUCAAAUACCAUUCUUAGAGUCCAUUUGUGGGCUUUAUUGUAUGAUACGAUAGUAAAAUGUCAUAGUCAAACAUAUCGUGAUGUAUUGUAGAUUCCAUCAAAUAGAGAGAUGCACAUGUAACCAAAAAUAAGUCACAUUUUGUACUUCAUCUCUCUCUUUUGUACAUAGUUCAUUCCAAUAUACAACAUUCAUGCCUAACAUGAUAUGUUAUGUACAGUUGAUAAUUAAUAUUUUCAAUAUUAUUGAUACUAAUGCCUAGAGCCCUUUCAGAAAUAUGGUGUAUCUUGCAGUGGUAUAGAAUAGCCUGAAUUCUUUUUAAAGCCUGAUCAAGUAUGGAUAGUUCUGCCACAAGCUGAGCUUGAGGUGGUGCAAGUAGCUAUAUAGUAUAACCAAAACCUGCUAAGGUAGGUAUCUGGUACCAACCUUUAGCUCUAUUGGAUACUGGGUUAGGUAGCAUUGCAAAGGUUAAACAAAGCCGUUUGUCGCAGAAAUAGGAGCUGAAACGUAAGAGAUUGCCUUCAAAAUUUGAAGUGACUGUGUGAUAUGGAGUAUGGCAACUGUCAUGACUACCUCAGUAUCUCAAGCCAUAUCUAGUGUUGGAAGACGCUUAGUUACAAUUCAGAAUCAUGAUGCUCAUGACUUUUAAGGUAUAUGUACAGAUGAACUUCAUGCUUGUCUCAAAAAAGCCAUAUCUGUGUAUCAGAUACUCUGCACCAUUCCCAACGUAUGUUCAAACACUCAUAUAGCUUUAUGGUCAUUUUUUAUAUACAGUUAAAACUGCCUACUUAGUAAUAAGACCACUUAGGAGACCAAUAACAUCUGUAUGUGAACUUGUGGUCACUAUAGACAAAAUUUGUCACAACUGCCAGCUGGUCCUUACGCAGAUGUGGUCAUUUGUACAGGUUUGACUGUAGUACCAGUUUGCUUUGUAUUUUGUUUGGUGCUUUAACCUUAACACAUUUGGUGCUUUUACUUAAUGUACUACAAUUUUACAAAGUCAAGAACAUUCAUGGUGCCAGGUUAGGUAAGAUAAGGUGUUACUAUGCAAAGUUCCAGAACAGGGAUACGGUUUUGUGACAAUAUUCCAAACAUAUGUUGAAGUUAAUCAUAUAUAUUAUGCCAAGGUCAUCCAUAUUCAGACCAAAGACUGUUCUCAUAUUUUUGCUACACCAAUACAAUCAUUUGU